AUGCGUUCGAUCCCGGCAAUGCACUGGCGUCGCAAGCGACGGAAACCCACAACACGGCUACAGAAGGCGGAAUCCGAAGCCAUCAAGGCACGGUCGAAUACAAUUGAAUACGGAGGACGAAUCGACCGGUCUUCACACUACAAAUAUGCUACACACAGGAUAUUCGUCUCCCUAUGUGCUACAGACAACUACCAGAACGCUACACAGAAUAGACGGUUCGCUACACAAAACUACCAAAACGACAACAGAGACCGUGCCUUCAGAAGCAGAUCGUCGUCUGUCGUCGGCGACCUCCUGCCCCCACAACGGUCUUGA